UGUGCCGACCUAUAGAUGCAAUGUUGGUAUACCCCUUGUACGCCCCCCUGGACAUCCAGAGGGAAUCCCGGAAAUCCCGAUGCCUUGCUACAAGGAGACAAACAGACUGACAGGAGAGGCUGUGCCACUUUUAUCUUCACUAUGUCAACUUUCACAAAAAUUGCACAAAAGGCACUUCAAGAUGUACUGCAACUCACUGCAAACAUGAAAGAGGAGGGAACAGGUAUUUCACGCUCACAAGAGAAGACUACAGUGAUUUCAUACGUUGUUGGAAAGCUAACUUUCACUGACACUCCCAAGAUUUAUGACAAAGGAUCAAAUUUGGAAGGAAAAGUUAAAGCCGUUGAUUACAAUAAUAGACCCAUUCCUGACAUGCCGGUGUUCCUGUUUGAGGGGGAAAGGUGGUCAUCGCGUUUGUUACAGAAUCUCAAAACCGACAGAGAUGGUGUUGCCACUUUCUCGUUAAGCACAGCUGACUUUAAAGGGGACAUCCAAUUACAAGUUAGUGACACACCGACACUGGGCUACCCUCCUUACAGAACGCCAUACUAUGAUACUAACGAUCACAAAGUGUCUUUGGCCACACUUUCUUCUCCUGAUACUAAAUCAGUCAGCUCUCUGGAUGUGAAGAAGAAGGAUGAACCACUUUCCUGUGACAAAGAAGAAGACAUCUUCAUCCAAUACACCAUAUUGGACAUGGAACUGUGUGUCUUCUUGAGCGGGAUGUGCGUGGGCCAAGCGGUGUCAGGGACCAUCCAGUGA